AUGGAACCCUCCGGUUCACAGCAUCGGCGGAAUGUCUCUGUAAAAGCUACUCGGCCGCGCAGCUCAACAAAGGGGCCGUUGGAUAUCCCAGAUGAGCUAGAUACCCCUUCUUCAGCUUCGGCUGCCUGCUCAGGUAAACGGGAUUCCAAGAGCGGUGUCUUACCGCUCCGCCCUACAAAAGACUCAAUUACAUCACCCCGGGAUAGCCUACAUAUCCAGGUGAACCAGAACUUCUCUUUCCUGCUCCGGCCUGAGAUAUUCCACCCUCUCUCGCAGUUAGAAAUACCCCUUUCCUUCCGUUCAGACUUCCCAAGCCUUCUGCCGGGCCAGCCAUUGGAGUCAGCACUACAACAGCUCAACGAUCUAUCAAAAAGUGGCCAUUUCCUUCCUGCAGCGCAUUAUGCUGCUACAAUCCUGACCUCCAACCUGAUAGCUUCCAAUGAUUAUUCCACGAUAUUUUCCCUCUUGUAUACUCGCCUGACCUGCCUUCAGCUUACGGGGAAUACCAUCCUGGCUGCGCAGGAAUCAAAAGCCCUGCAAGACUUGAAUUCUUCAUUCUACUAUGUAGACGUCAAACCUGAUCUUCCAAAGGAGGAUUCUGGUAACUCUCAGGAAAGCCCGGGAAAGACUCACCUUGCUCCCUGGCCGCUUCGUGUUAUUGCCGUAAGACUGCAAAGUAUUGGAUUCGGCGAUGCCAGGAGAGGUAUAUCCGGACUUUAUGAACUUGGAUUAGAAGCUAGGAGAUAUAUCAUACGCCCUGAUGCCGCGCCUGAGGAAAGAGCCUUGUGGAAAGACAGACUAGCUGAUCUGGGUAUCCGUGUUGUUAAUGCUUUGGUUGAAAUGGGUGACCUGGAAGCUGCUCGCCGGUCUCUGGCUAGUAUGACUUCACCAUCCAAGACUAACCCCCAUGGAUUGCAACAGAGAGCGCUUUUGCACCUACGGGUAGGAGACGUAGAUUCCGCGAAGGACUUAUUUUCCGGCGCAUCCAGCCUAUCAGCCAGCAUUGUUGAGCCAUUAUUGAAAAUGGCCGAGGGUAAAUUCGAUGAAGCCGUUACCGGUUGGAACGACAUUCUCCAAACCUACUCUGGCACGGACGAUGAGGUUCUCAUCAAACAAAACCUUGCAGUCUGCCUUUUGUAUGUUGGGAACCUAAAACAGUCACGCGAAAUCCUGGAGUCACUUGUCGAUGACCGCAACUCUUUUCAAAGCCUCACUUUUAAUUUAGCCACGGUGUACGAACUUUGCUCGGAGAAUUCAGGAGCCCUCAAGGCAUCAUUAACAGAACGGGUAGCGGGGCAUCCCCAGUCAGAGCAUCGCAAUUGGGAAAUACCAAACGGCGCCUUUAAGAUCUAG